AGGAACUUCCGGAUGUGUUAAUUCCGGAGGGAAAUGAAAGUUUUUGUACGCAUUAUUUGACUCUUCAAAUCAGAUUAAUUUACAUGUGUACUUACUUUUUUUAACGUUCGCGUUUCGAGAAGAGGAUUCAACUUCACAAUAUUUCUGAGUUAAAAUAAUUUGUGCAGAGGGUUUUGUUGAAAACAACGUAUUGUUCUAAAACUGAAGGGGAAAUAAGAGACAACACUAGAAACCAUCUUCCUAAAAACUAUUAGAAAUAUGUGUGCUGUUUCUUUUAUUUGCUGUAUACUGAUUAGUGGAUGGAUAUUAAGUUGUGAUGGGAUUCUUGUAGAGUCCAAAGACUUAAAUUUUGACAACACAGAUAGCCACGAUGAAGAAACUAGCCAAGCUUCCGAAAGCUGUGAAUAUUUGGACACAACAGAUGUAAUAUUUCUUGAAGAUGGUGUCAUCUUAAUUAUUGCUUACAAUACAACGAUGCUGCCAACACAAUCACAUAUAAUAGUACAAAACCACAGAAUAUGUUUUAAACGCAGCGAGGAACUUAAGAGAGAAAUUUUCCAUCAAUGUUUUAAGAUGCUAUUCGAUGCUGAUGAAUUUGAAAUUUUACCAAAUAGUUCAGUUCUUUUGUUUGUACCACAGCCAGAAGUACUCGAACCUGGAACUUAUAAAUUUUAUGAUGAUUCCCUCCUGACAUGUGACAAUGAUGAACUUUACACAGAUAAUGAAAUUCUUAGUAAAUCAAUAACACCUGCAGUUUAUGAUGAUAAAUCUUCACAUUUUUUGACUGAUGAAAUGAAAACUGUAAAUAAUGCUGAAAAUUCAGUUACUGCAAUAACAUCCAGUGCUCACUUGAUGAUAAUCUGCAUUAUAUCAUCUUUAAGAAACCUAUCAGGAUAUAAUUUUGCCUUUUUAAAUUGAGCUUUGAUGACUACAUAUGCUUGCAUUUUCAUUAGGAGCAUUUCAAAGAAUUUUAGAUAAUUUCUGAUUUUAAGCAAGAGAACUGCUUUUGAGUGUUAUGGUCUGUAAUGAGUAAAGAAAUUCUUUCUGAGAAAAUUUUUUCAGAAAAAAUUUUUGCCUCAAAAUUAAGAAUCAAUUCUGAGAACAAGGAAAAUAUUCAUAGGUACCAUUUAUACACAACUCUGAAAACUAUACUCAUGUCUUUUGUUCUUGAUAAUGCAAAAGUCUUGCAAAGACUUUUCUUUUAAAAACAAAAGACUUUCUUUUGUACUUGAUAAUGCAAAAGCAAAGAUAAGGAAAGAUGAAAUGAUAAUCUUUUGGGUGAUUAGUAAUCAUUCCCAUUCCAAUUGUAACCCAAUAGCUAUUUUCAAACCUUUUAGAAAUAGGUACUUAAUUCUAGG